GUUGAUGUGCGGCCGCGCGCAUCUGAAAGACUCUAGUCGCGAUGGCACGGGGUAGUCUGCACCACCAAAAGGAGUCCAGCUCCCGCAAACGCCCCGUGGCAUGGCAAGUUCAGCUUGCUGCUGCUAUUGGUGCCGCUUACUGUUGCGUCAAGGCCUUGUCAUUCUCUUUGGCACCUUUCUCACAGGCUCCACGGUGCCGCCGGCAUCAGAUGAGAGCCACUGAGAGAGAAGUUGUGCUGGCAGAGCGAGAGCCAGCGCAAGGACAAAGCAACAAGCAGGGCGCGAUUCAGCCCUUGUCGUGGUUGCAAAAGCCAAAACCUCCAACGCUUCCAGCUGAUCUAUUUAAGCCCAGAGAGAGCUUGUCGCAAACCUUCCUAGCGGAUCCGAAUUACAUCUUCAAAAUGGUUAGCGCGCUUGAUGAUGAAUCAGAGGGUGGAAAGAGGAUGAUUGAGCUGGGUCCGGGCACCGGUGCAGUCACCUCGCGUCUAUGGCAGCGAUACCCAGAGAUGAUCGGCAUUGAAAUCGAUCAGCGCGCCAUGCGUGUGCUGUCUCGAAGUGUGCCUGGCGCUACAGUUAUCAGAUCAGAUGUUUUGCUAGUGAACUACACAAAGCUUGCCGAGCUUAGAGGGGGACCUCUGUCUAUUGUCAGUAACCUACCUUUCCACGUAGCCUCGCAGGCCCUCUUCACCCUGGCUGACCAUGCAGAUGGAGUUCGCAAUGCUCAUGUUAUUCUCCAGCAAGAGGUUGCACAACGUCUUGUGGCAAAGCCGAAUAGCAAAAAGUAUGGCAUUCCCAGUGUAGUCUUCCAGCUGUAUGCAGAUCCAAAGAUCCUCUUUCACUUGCCGCCCACAGCAUACUUUCCUCGACCAAACGUCAUGACUUCUUGUGUGAAGCUGGACUUUGAAGCUGCCGCUGAGCGCCGCAGAGCUUUGGGUGUCGAUCCGCGAGACUUGCGGAACCUUACCAACACAGUUUUUCGAUAUAGAAGAAAAAUGAUGCAAAAUUCUCUCUCUCGCAUUCUUUCGUGCCACACCACCUUGAUCAACAAGCUGCCGGAAGAGUAUGCCAAGCUCCGUCCUGAGCAGAUUGAGCCGUGGGAGUUUGUCCACCUCACCCAGCUGAUCUUUGGCAAGAAGGAAUUCCCGAAGCACUUCAGGCGUGCUUGGAGAGGAGAAUUUGGACGCACUGUGCGGGAUUGAGCACCUGAACACCUCUUGGUGAUCUACGAAGUCUCACAGCUUUCGUGAAGACCAGCGUGGCGUGGCCAAAACAA